AUGUUGGUAGGUUUAAUGGGGCAUACUGCUUUUGGUUGCGCAAGGCUAUAGUAGGGAUUUUAGAGGCUCGUAGCCUUGGGACUAUUUGUCGCUCCGGCUUUCUCCGCCUUGACCGGCCAACAACUUGUCGACUACAUCAACACAAACGGCCUGUUUAAGGCCACAUACCAUGCGCUCGGUAACAUUCGGCAUUACGGACACAUAUCAGAUCCCCAAAAACAGCUCACCGUCUACGAGCACACCAAAUACGACUAUGACCUUACUGUGAAAAUCCCUGAACAAUUUGACUCCGCUGAAAACUGGCCUGAAUGUGCCGACAUCAUCAACAACAUCCGCGAUCAAUCCAACUGUGGCUGUUGCUGGGCUGUGGUCUCUGCUGGCAUCCUUUCCGACAGGAUCUGUAUCGCGACAAAAGGGAAAUACAAGGUCUCAAUCUCCAGCAUUGCGACAGCGUCAUGCGCUGGGAAAGAUGGGUAGCGUGAGAGAUUCUUCGCUAUACAUACAAUGGGGGACCUGAUCCAAUGGCAAAAAGCGUACCAUUUUGCAUCCGGGAAAUAUCAAAAAUGUGGCAAAAUGCUUCCCUCUCCAAAUGAAAAGACUUCGUUUUGAAGGGCGCUGUCCCACACUGUAUAUCAGCAGGAGUUCCCUUAAUUCUAAUAAGUUUAGGUGCUGUGGAGGCAACGCGCAUCUCGCCUACAACGAGUUUAUAAAGAACGGACUUCCGACAGGUUCGGAAGAAGGCCUAAACCAGGGAUGUCAGCCCUAUCCCUUCAAGCAUUGCAACCAUGGCGUCAACGUCACAAAAUAUCCAUUCUGCGAAGAACUCCCACAUAUACCCGAAGCAGACGUAUGUUCUCACAAAUGUCAAGCGAGCUACCCGAAGAAGUACGAAGAUGAUCUGUAUUUUGGGAAGGAACAGUACAAGCUGCAAGGGGAAGAAACAAUUCAACGGGAAAUCCUGAAAAAUGGGCCGCUUUACACCUCGUUUCAGGUCUUUGAUAGUUUCGAGUACUAUUCAGCCGGAAUUUAUCGAGUAAGUCGGAAAGAAGUGCGUGUUCAUUGCAGAGCGUUCCCGGCGAACAAGCCCAGGUGCACCAUGCCAUGCGGAUUGUCGGAUGGGGCGUUGAGAACGGCACAAAAUACUGGAAAAUCGCUAAUGUUUGGAAUGACAAGUGGGGAGAGAAGGGAUUUGUCCGCUUCAUACGAGGCAUUGACGACUGUGGCGUAGAAAGUAAUUGCGCCGCAGUCACAGUGGACACUGAUCACCUUCCAAAGAACUAA